GUCAGCAAACCAGAAAGCAAGACUGUGAUGUUUUUAGCAAAUUUCUUCAAAAUACUCUGUUAAAUCACUCUUUUUAAUCAUGAAUUUUGUACAAAUUCGUCAAUUUUCAACCCUGCUACACCUACCUCUCAAAAACCCUAAAUCCCCUGUUUUUAACAUAAACCCUAAAUCCCCUGUAUCCAGAAGAAGCCAAAUUCCAAUACCUCACAAAACAAUCCAGCAAGCCAAAGGCCAAGAUCUUGAUUAUAUAAAUAUAGCCCAUAGUCAUCUUAUUCACUCAGAUUACACCAAACUUAUUACAUUAUUACCCAAAUUUAGUCCAUUUACAAUAAAACACAUUUUACUAAAAUUUCAAGAAAAUUACUCUGUUUCUUUGCAUUUCUACAAGUGGGUUGAGACCCACAACCCAAAUUUACUAACCCUUGAAACCCAUUCCAUAAUGUUGCAUAUUUUGACUAAAUAUCGAAAAUUUGUGUCUGCUGAGUAUGUUUUAAAAAAGAUUGUUGGGUGUACUUGUUCAAGUAAGUUGCUUGAUGCUGUUUUGUGUAGUUAUAGGUUGUGUGACUCUACCCCGCGUGUGUUUGAUGCGGUUUUUAAAAUGUAUGCUCAGGUUAAAAUGUUUAGGAAUGUGAGUGAUACGUUUUGUUUGAUGAGAGAGUACGGGUUUGUGCCCACUAUUGAGUCUUGUAACUUGUUUAUGAGUUCUUUGCUUAGUUUAAACCGUGCAGAUGUUGUGUUGUUGUUUUAUAAGGAAAUGAGACGGUCGAGGAUUGAUGUGAAUGUUUUUACGCUUAAUAUGGUGAUUAAUGGGUAUUGUCAGUUGGGGAAGUUGGAGAAUGCUGUACGAGUGUUUGAUGAGAUGAAAGAUAUGGGGUUUAGCCCGUUUGUUUCGUCUUAUAAUACUUUGAUUGCUGCGUAUGUUAAUCAGGGACUUUUAACGACUGGAAUGGAUUUAAAAGUUACUAUGGAGAAGAAUGGGAUUAGUGCGGAUGUGAUUACUUAUAAUACGUUGAUUCAUGGGUUUUGUAAGGAAGGAAAAAUGAAGGAUGCUUAUAAGCUGUUUAAUGAGAUGAAUAGGGCUAAUGUAGCUCCUAAUACAGUGACUUUUAACACGUUGAUUAGUGGGUACUGCAAAGCAGGUAAAACCGAAAAGGGUAAUCAGGUCUUUGAAGAAAUGAUGAGGAAUGGGUUCAAAGCUGAUAUCUUGACUUAUAAUGCGUUGUUGUUGGGAUUGUGUAAUGAAGGGAAGACAAGGAAAGCUGCUUAUUUGGUUCAAGAACUUGAUAAGAAAAAAUUGGUACCAAAUGCUUCGACUUUUGCUGCACUUAUAAGAGGACAAUGCGUAAGAAGGAACCCAGAACGAGGUUUUCAGUUGUACAAAAGCAUGAGAAAGAGUGGUUGUCGUCCAAUUGUGGAUACAGUAAAGAUGUUGAUGUCAUCUUUCGUGCAGAAUGAUGAUUAUGAUGGUGUGUUUUGUCUGUUUAAAGAAAUGUUAGAGAGGCCCAUUGGACCUGAUUCUGUGAUCUUGACUGAAUUGUGUAAAGGGUUUUCUCAGGUAUGGAGAGAUAGAUUGGUUAUGAGUUUGUCGAAAGAGGUAGAAGAUGGGUAUCUUGUGCUUGAACGAUAUGAGAGAAUUAAAAAAAUUGUAUCUGAGUCUGAUGUGGGGGACAAAAAAAUCAAACAAAACAUGUAACUAGAUUAACUUUAUAUGCUUGAUAGAUAUCUAAUGAUGAAGAUGAUGUGCGGUAUCCUGAGAUAGGAUGAAUGAGGGACGUUAUGCUCAGCUGGAUUUCUUAUCAGGUGUCAUGUCAACACCAAGCCUGAGCUUCUUAAAUAGACGAAUGUGCUUGGUCAGUCUCUUCAAGGAGAUUGGUUCAGCUUUUCAGGUACAUCAACUUUCAAAAUGCCUAUACAAGCUGCAAUAAUCAAUUUUAUUGAGAAACUAGCAAGAAAUUGAAAGAAUAUAGUGAAAAUGUGAAGUUACUUGACCUUCAAAACCUGGCCAGUUCGACUCAAUCAUUCAGCAGAAGACCAAAAAAGAAAAAGAAAAGUAGGCAUCUUAACUUGACCCAAGCUCAGUCCCUUUCACGCUAAAUUUUAUCUUUAGGCCCUCUGAUUUGAUUUCAA